AUGAGGGAGGAGGUUAUAAAAGCUACUUCCUUUUUCGAGGCCAUCAUGAGAAGUUUGAGGAGCAACAAGGAGAUGGUCGCCGCCUUGUUGACUGACUACAAGUUUCAGGAUUUCGACGAGUCUGCCGAGACUCUUCCGGUUCCAUUGCCUCUGGAAAAUAAAUAUGAUAAUCGGUACGAGAAUAACGAAAUUAGAAGGAGAUCAGAUUUGAAUCCAUCGUUCGAAAAUGUGGAAGAGGGUUUCACGUGUCCAUCGGUCAUCAAAUACGCGCGUCCUCAAUUGGCAAGAGCCGCUUCCGGUGUAUGGAAAUACAUAAUAAACACUGGCGAGCAUACUCAAACAUUGCGACUAGAGAAAUGCUCGAAUCCACAAGCGAGCUGCGCUUUCAUAUCCGAGAAUUAUCGCUCUUCCUGCGCCCAAGUGUACAAUUACCACAGGCUUCUGACGUGGGACAACAAGUUGGGCCUGCACAUGGACAUUUUCAAGGUGCCGACUUGCUGCAAUUGUCACGUGCACGGUUACGCGGAAAUUUUCCCUCCUCAUCAAAAGGAUCCACCCUCGAGGAUCAAGGAAUCCUUCCCCGGCUCCGAUUUCAUCACCAGCGAGCAGAAAGACGAUUUCGAGGAAUCGUCCUCGUCCAAGUUGAAUUAUUUCAACAAGUUUUCCACCAAUUUCGAUUCGGUUUCGAAUAGCAAGAAGCCCGCGAUAGAGACCGCGCCCGGUCGACCGACGUCGUUCACGCUUCCCGUAAGAGCAAGGCAGAACAAGAAGCCUUCGACUUCUACGAGUUCAAGGCCGUUCGAUAAAUUGCCCCAACAGCACGCGCCGAACACCAGAGCACCGGGAUACACCGGGCCUUUAUUGAAAUCGAGGCCAAACCAAAGGGGCGCCCCCAAUAGGCCACCUUACAGAAGAGAGUCUCACGUCGAAGAUCAUACAGCGAAUAGCACAAUUUUGAGCAGAUACAGUCAACCGUACGAUUUGGAAAUGGACGCCACGUCGAGGCUACAAAAUGGCGGUUUCGACGACGAGUACCAGGAGCCGCAGAGGCGCGUCAAUUACAAUUACCAUCCGAUUAUCGAUUUUUUCAGACCGGAGGCGAUGCAGUUGCAGUCGUCUGAGACCACGUCGAUGUCGGAACAAAACGAUUCGAAUUCGUGGAAACCGAUGAUUGCAUCCUGAACGCCGUUCCCCAUUUUUCCGAGUACCUGAUCUUUUCAUUCUUCUCGACCAAGCAGAAGCGAAAGGAUAUUAUAUACUUCGUAGCUUCGUAGUUGAUGUUACAUUUAUUCCUUACUAAACGACUCGUUUCACAAAUGUAACAGUGUCUUUUCAUCUUGAGUACGACUGGAAAAUGCCGGAUCGUUUUUAAAUCAUUCCCUCGGUAAAUAGAAAUAAA